CUUGUCGAAAGCCUGACUUUGAAACUCUUGAACCUGAAAUCAUGGCCCAGGACAUGACUCUGCUGUGGGGCUCCGGCUCGCCUCCCUGCUGGAGGGUCAUGAUCGCCCUAGAGGAGAAGAAGCUGCAGGGCUACAACAGCAGACUGCUGUCCUUCGACAGAGAGGAGAUCAAGUCUCAGGAAGUGUUCAAUAUCAAUCCAAGGGGUCAGGUGCCGUCUUUUAAACAUGGAAACGUAAUUGUCAACGAAUCCUACGCGGCCUGUUUUUACCUGGAGAGCCAGUUUAAGUCUCAAGGAACGAAACUGAUCCCAGACAGCACUGAAGAACAAGCGCUGAUGUACCAACGCAUGUUUGAGGGCCUCACUUUCUACGACAAACUGACUGCAGUUAUUUUCUAUGAGUACUACGUCCCCGAAGGCGAGAGGCUUGCCUCAGCUGUGAAGAGACACAAAGAGGCUCUGAGCACGGAGCUCAAACUAUGGGAGGGCCACUUGCACAAGACGGGUUCUGGCUCUAACCUGGCAGGGAAGUCUUUCACACUUGCAGAUGUAGUCAUUUUUCCAACCGUUGCCACUCUUUUUAGAUUUGGGUUGUCUGAAAAGCGUUACCCCAGACUGGGAGAGUACUACGCUCUGCUGAGGGAGAGGCCGAGCAUCAAGGCCAGCUGGCCUCCCCAUUGGCUGGAGAACACCAAGGGACAAGACACCCUGAAUGACGUCUGACAAAGAAAUAUUUCAGUCAGCGGAAGCACCAUUUUAUGUUUUUUUUUGUUUUUUUGUAACGGCAUAAAUCCCUUCCCUCAAAAAUGGCAGCCGUUUCGACAAUCUUGCAAUAUAGAGUAGCAACAUGAUCGGAUAUUCCUUAUAAUAAACGUGUUGAAAUUGA